UAUAUGAUUAUUCUCAAAAUCGCUUGAAAGGUACCAUGGAUGGCGAUACAGUUCAAAACACAAUUAAAAAAGAACCCGCGGAGGAAGUGAAACAAGAAAUUACUGGUAAUGCUGAAAAGGAAUUGAAUUUCAACUGUGAACUAAUGAUUACAAAUAAGUUUAACAAAGAACAUAACCUCGAACCACACAUCGGCAUGGUCCAUACUACGACCCACACUCAUUCAUGCAAUAUUUGCAGCAAAACAUUUUCUAAUGAAUAUAUUCUCCAGACUCAUACCAAUUCGGUGCACAAUGGGAUUACUCACACAUGUGACAUAUGCGGAAAGUCAUUUCCAUAUAAAAUUAAACUCAAAACCCACAUCGAUUCUGUGCACAAUCAGACCAAACAUCCAUGUGUUAUUUGCGGCAAGGAAUUUUCAUUAAAAUGGAAUCUUCAAACCCACAUCGAUUCAAUUCACAAUGGGAUUUCUCACUCUUGUGAUAUUUGCGGCAAGACGUUUACAAGGAAGGGUGAUUUGACAAGGCACGUUCAAUCAGCGCAUAAUGGUGUGACCUAUUCAUGUAAUAUAUGCGGAAAGUCAUUUACUCAGACAGUUAGUCUCCAAAUCCACAUUAAAUCAAUACACAAUGGUAUCACCUACUCAUGUGAUAUUUGCGGCAAGACAUUUACAAGGAAGGGUGCUUUGACAAGGCACGUUAAAUCAGUGCAUAAUGGUGUGACCUAUUCAUGUUAUAUAUGCAGCAAGUCUUUUACUCAGAAAGGUAAUCUCCAAAUCCACAUUGAAUCAAUACACAAUGGUGUCACCCACUCAUGUGAUAGUUGCGGCAAGUCAUUUACUCAGAAACGUAGUCUCCUAACCCAUAUCGAAUCGAUGCACAAUGGGACUAAACAUAUGUGCAGUACAUGUGGAAAGACGUAUAAAAGGAAGGGUGAUGUGACAAGACACGUUCAAUCAGCGCAUAAUGGUAUCACUCACUCAUGUGAUAUUUGCGGAAAAUCAUUUCCGUACAAAAUUAGUCUCAAAAGCCACAUCGAUUCUGUGCACAAUGGGACCAAACAUGCAUGUGACGUUUGCGGCAAGAAAUUUUCAUUUAAAUAUAAUCUCCAAGCCCACAUCGAUUCGAUGCACAACGGGACGAAACAUAUGUGCAGUACAUGUGGAAAGACGUUUACAAGGAAGGGUGAUCUGACGAGGCAUGUUCAAACAGCGCACAAUGGUGUCACUUCCUCGUGUGAUAUCUGUGAAAAGACAUUCUCAACAAAUUGGUAUCUCCAAACCCACAUCGAUUCGAUGCACAAUGGAACCAAAUAUGCAUGUGACGUUUGCGACAAGAAAUUUGCAUUUAAAUGUAAUCUCCAAACCCACACCGCAUCGAUGCAUAAUGGUGUCACCCACUCAUGUGAUAUUUGCGGCAAGACGUAUAAAGGAAAGAAUAAACUUGAUUGGCACGUUCAAUCAGCGCAUAAUGGUGUCACCUACUCAUGUGAUAUGUGCAAAAAGGCAUUUACUCAAAAAUAUAGUCUACAAAACAUAUGGAUGGAGUUCAUUUCUCGUUCGAUAUUGCUUAAUUAA